CUGAUAUAUGACCAUGGCAUUUUUGCGACUGCUGUAACUGAUUCCUGUAGACCGAUAACAACUAGUGUUAACUGAGCCCUUACUGUAUGUCCUCACCACUUAACAACACACAGUCAACCCCUCGGUGGUGUUACCUUUAUAUAACAUAUUUACUUUUUUGUAGGUCUUUUUGUAGAUUUUUUUUGUUUGCUCUUGAUGGAAAAACCCUAAACAAGAAUCUGCCCAGAUACAACAUCCAUCCAGAGAAGGACAUCCAAUGAUAAAAAUCAGGUGCUCUGGCACCACCUGUUGACACUGUACUGUAUUUAACCUAUAGUUGGUCUGUCUGUCAGAGACCAGGAACCUUUCUGCUUCCUCAGUCAUCACACCAGAAACAGGAAGAGGAGGAGCAGCUUCUGAUUUGAUGAUAUAUUUGCUUCAGUUUGAUGUUCAGAUCAUCAGAAGUGAGGCAGCAUGGAGGUGACAGCUCUCUGCAUCAGACAGUUGAUGACGGUGUUGUUGCUGCUCAUAGUACAAGUUGACUUCAGCUGCUCUCAAACAGCUGAUGAAGCUUUCCCUCAGGUUGUUCCAAACAGGCAGCAGCUCUUUGAGCUUGAUCCCAUUGAGGUCAGCUGUGAGGGACUGGAGGGACUGACUGGAUGGAGAGUGAUGAAAAAGAUCAAAGACAAAGAUGUUCAAACAUGUAUUCCUGAGUGGACGAAGUCAACUGGACCCUGCAAAAUUACAAACACCUAUCAGACAUCAGACAGUGGACAAUACUGGUGUGAAAUGGGAGGAAAGAAAAGCAACAUCAUCAACAUUACUGUGACUGCUGGUUCUGUGAUCCUGGAGAGUCCUGUCCAUCCUGUGAAGCAAGGCGAUGCUGUCACUCUGUAUUGUAAAAACAAGACAAUUUCCUCCAACAUUACUGCUGAAUUCUCCAAAAAUGGCCACGUCAUGGAGAGCAGAUCUACAGGAAACCUGACCAUCGAGAGCUUUUCUACGUCUAAUGAAGGACUCUACACUUGCAAAAUCUCUGGGGAUGAAUCAAGGGGGAGCUGGCUGACUGUCAGAGCAGCUCCGUCCUCCCAUCAUGCCCUUCAACUCUCUCUGCUGCUCUGGAUUGGCCUCGGUGUUCUGGCUCUGCUGCUGCUGCUGUUGGUGGUAUUACUGGCGUGUCGGAAACGUCAACCAAACAUCAGAGAUACCACAACUGCUUCUUACUCCUGCCAGUCUUCCUCUUCCCCACAAACAGUAUCUGAAGAGGCGAGUGAAGCUGCUCCAAUCUAUACUGAGGCGACAUAUGCUCUCGUCACCAAACCCAAGAAGAAGAAAGAUGAUGAAUCCCUCCAUCACCCUGUUUACCACACGUUAAGUCUGGGGAAGGAUUGACAAGUCCACCAUUAAAAGGUUACUGAGAGCAGAGACACCUGACUGAAGAGGGGAACAGAAACCAUUCAAGGCACUCUAAAGUGUACAAGGACGGGGUCAUAUGACUGCACACAUCUGUUAAAACGAAUGCCUUUAAUGGACAUUUUGUACCUUUAGCUAUUUUUGUCAUGGUUUGGUGUUUUUUCCUGUUUUGUUUUGUAGUUAUAUCCUCAUGUUUCACAUUUCACUUCACACUUCCUUUUUUAAGCCUGUUUUCUCCUCACUCUUGGUUGGUUCAUUUGUGUCUCACCUGUCCACCAGUCCUGUGUUCUUGCUCAUGGAUUUCAGUUUGGUUGCCUGAGUUUGGACCCCCUGCCUUUGCAUUUAUUGAUUUUACUGUGCUUUUCUUUUAUGCUUGUAAUCUGUAUUUUAUGUUUCUGUGUUCUGACGAUCAUCUUUCAUUAAAGCUCACUGUUGUUUACA